CUUCCGGGUCGGCUUGUCGUCGGUUAGUUUAUUCAGCUUUUAUCAGAACAAAAAAAAAAAACACUCUAAGUUAUCUUUAAAAUCGYCCUUAAAGAAUCAGAUAGCGCUGUACUAGCUAGAUAUCAUCCUUUUCAUUAAUGGUGUACUGGAAGUUGUGAAGCUUUAAUGAAGUGUCCGAAGUUGUUCAAAGAAUAAUACUUUGAGGUGUGCUAUUUGUCUUAUCAUGAAGUGUACAUUUCUUUCAAGUUUUAUUUUCGUAUCUAUCUUCAUGGCAAGCAGUGAAGCUGAAAAGGAAACUAUUAUUGAAGUGCCAAAUAAGAAUUCACAAGGUAAUUGGAUAUGGUCUUGGACCAGUCAGUGGACUAGUACGACAAAUGGAGAUGGUAAAGUGUUUUAUCAAGUAUGUGAUGUAAGCUCACCAAGUGAACCAAACAAGUGGAUAAGAAGCAAUGUGUUCCUGGUUGGUGAUGCAAAAAGAAUCGAUGUUACUGUUGAAUACGCAGUCUCUAAGUGUUCAAGUGUGCCGUCUAUAACAAACUGCAAGGAAACAUUAAAACUUUAUGUUCAUAAGACUGCAAUACAACAUUCUUUUGUCAAUAAUCGGGUUCCAGAACCUUGGAAAACACUCGAAGUCUAUCAGGUAUUCGGGACCACGUCUGCAACAAACCUAAGUACAGGAAGUCUUUCUCGAAGUUUUGCGAAUACUGAAACAUAUUCAUUUCUUACAAAUUCUUCAACACCCUACCACUACUUUGCCAUGCAAUAUCGAGGAGGAUGCUUCGAGUUGUAUAGUGUCACCAUAAGUUACUCGGUCUGUCCAUCAAUAGCUCUUCCUACUGGUCUCGUCCAAUUACCCCGUACUAUAUCCCCAGCUAACGGUACAAUAGAAGUAUCAGGUAGAUGUCUGGAGAAUGCGGUACAGCCAUUGGCUAACAAUGCUACCUUAUACGGUCACUGUCAAUCUAACGGUGAAUGGGGCAGUGAAGCGGCAGGUGGCGAGUGUUUGUGUAAAGCUGGUUAUGGAAGGUACUUGAAUGGACCUGGAGCAGUUUGCAAAGAUUGUCCAAUGAGUACCUACCAAAACUCUCCAAGUGCUAGUCCAUGUAAACCAUGUCCACUAAACAGCGUUCAGAAUGUGGAUAGGAAAAGGUGCAAUUGCAAGUCAUCAUUUUACAGAACUGACGUCGAAUCGGCAUUUCACAAUUGUACCGGUCAACCAUCGGCACCACAGUCGAUUGAUGCCAUCUCCAAAAAUGCAACAUUCAUAAAACUUCAAUGGUCAACGCCUUCAAAUCUUGGUGGACGAUCAGACAUUUACUAUGACGUUCGAUGUAAGAAAUGCGACAAUGAAGGAAAGAAUUGCACUGCGGAAUGCACCGGUGCUUUUAUUUCCCAUGCUUCAAAGACUAGUAUGAAGGCAACGGUACAUGAUCUUUCUGCCUAUACAUAUUACCUGUUUGAAGUAUUUGCUAAGAAUGGAGUCUCUCCUCAAGCAGAGAAGAAAGGCGAUAAUCCAAAGUAUACAGUUCUUUUAAAUAGAACUGGCGAAUCAAUUCCAGGAGUACCAGUGUUGAUUACGAGAGUGAUGAACUCCACUUCGGUGCUUCUAAGCUGGACCUUGAAAGAGCCAAAUGGAGUUAUAACUUAUUAUCAAAUCGGCUAUUAUCCUGUCGGUCAGAAGUCUAAUCUGAAAGUUUUCAAUAAAACCCAAAAAAGUAUCAUUAUUACUGGACUGACAGCAGGCACAGAAUACUUUUUCCAGGUUCGCGCUUCUACGUCUGUUGGUUUAGGACCAGUUGCCAGGAAACAGAUAAGGAUGACACAAGAUAAAACUACUAUCGCAGAAGGCAAUGACAAGAGCACUGAUGCCACUGUUCCUGUUUUGGCGUCUAUGCUCGCACUUUCUUUGUUGACAGUUGCUGCUUUUAUUAUUGUCUACAUUUUGCGAAAGAAGGGACUGCUUCAUAGACAGAGCCCUCCUAAAGAGGAAAAAAGAAAUACUAAUACUGGCAGAGAAUAUGAUCAAGCAGUUAUUGUAAUAGAUGGCCUUUCUGGAGAAACCUCAGACGAUAUUUACGCUUUUGUUUUGGAUGAAACCUUAUGGGAAGUACCAAGAGAAAACCUGUCAGUUAUCAAGAGACUUGGUAGUGGAAACUUUGGUUGUGUUGACAAAGCGACGGCCAAAGGUUUGCAACUCUGCCCUGGACAAGUAACGGUUGCUGUGAAGACCUUAAAAGAAAAUGCGGCAGAUAAAGACAAAGAAGACUUCCUGACAGAGCUUCGAUUGAUGAUGAGACUGGAACCCCACCCUCAUGUUGUUAACCUAUUUGGGUGCUGCACGAAAUCCGAUGGUCCAAUGUCGAUCAUCCUUGAAUAUUUGCCCUAUGGCGAUCUCCUUGGCUAUUUAAGGCGAUCACGUGGUCACGAAGAUACCUAUUGUUCAGGAGAUCUUCGUCCAGAGACAAAGUUGACUUCACGUGAUUUGUUGAAGUUCGCCUGGAUGAUAGCUGAUGGCAUGAGUUUCUUAGCGAAAAAUAAGUGUGUUCAUCGUGAUCUUGCUGCUCGCAAUGUUCUCGUUGGUGAAAAUAAAAUUUGCAAGAUAUCAGAUCUUGGACUUGCAAGGAGAAUCAGAGAGGACGUCUACUCCAGAUCAAAAGCAGCUCGAUUACCAGUGAAGUGGAUGCCACCAGAGUCGCUCUUCCAUGGAGUGUCGUCUAUUGCUAGCGAUGUGUGGUCUUAUGGAGUUGUUUUAUGGGAAAUAUUUACUCUUGGUGAUUCUCCUUAUCCUAAAUACAACGGGAAAGACAUACCAAGACUGCUGCAACAAGGCUACAGAAUGCCAAAGCCAUUUCACCUAUCGGAAACUCUAUACUUACUGAUGUUGAGAUGCUGGCAAGACAAACCCGAAGACAGACCUUCCUUUACAAUGAUAUGUGAUGAAGUCAACCAAUACUAUAACACAACCAAGGAUUAUAUCAACCUUGACGUGUUUGAAGAUGCUUUGUACGUCAACUUCGAUGUUCUUUAAAAAUAAAUGGACGGUUUAUGGAGCAUCAUCAUAUUGCACCCUCAAGGAAAAUUUGUAAAAUAAUUUUCAAAACAGCUAAACUGACCUAGACUGCUUUUUCAAUGAGAACUACAGUUGACUCUCUUUGAAUGACCACUCACGUAAGCGACCAUAUCCCGUGAGCGACCACCUUUUAAAUUUCCCGUUAUAAUUGUUUCCCGUAUAAACUCUUUAAAAAAAUCUCCCGUAAGCGAACAUCUCUUGUAAGCGACAACUUUUUCCUGAUCCCGAGGUGGUCGCUUACGAGAGAGUUGACUGUACUUAUCAUCACAGUACAGGGGCGGAUCCAGGAUUUUUUUUAGGGGGGUGACUUUUGAUUUUUUAAGAGUUAACAUAUUUAAUUUUCCCGCCAAACGUACCAAAGCUCCGCGAAUGCAUGUGUGUUCUAAGAUGCCCGAGACGCUAAAAAGUGUUAGUCCUUUUGAAAAGUGUUGUUUAUCGAAAUAUCAACCAAUUAUUUCCCUAUUUCCUUGAUAUGAAUAUUUUUAUAUUCAAUUUAUCCAGGAAAAAGGG